CACGAUUCAACUUCCCUUCACGUGGCGCAUAUCCAACGGAUGGUAGACGGUGAAUGGAUUACCCGAAGGGAGGAACCGGUCUAGGUAGUUUUCUCCACGGGCUGCAGCCCGUGGACGGCUAGCCUUUUACCGGCUAGUCGGGUCACAGGGGUCAAAGGUAUAAGAGCGGGGGUUUAAGCCAAAGGGAGUGGUUUUCAGAGGGUUUUGGCGAUCGGAGGGGGAGAGAUAGUGGCAGAGAUUGCAUGAAGUCAAUCGAUUUUUACCGGCAAUUCUCCGAUCUGACGUCGGCCGGAAUUCAAACGGAAUCGGCCGGAAUUUGUGCGUUUUCAGGCGACGAUCUCGCCGGAACACGAGAAUCUCGACUAGAAUUGGUUAUCUGGAGAAAAUAUUGGAAAGAUGCCUGAGAUUGGAAGGGGUGGUUUUUCGUCAUUGAUGAGCUAACAGGGUUAAGAAGAGUUGUUCAAAUUUAUUUUCAGGUUGUCAUGGAGUAUCUUUAAAGCUUUAUUGUAUGGUUGGGAAUGCUUUUUUAUUGGAUGCAGUUGUAAGCAGAAGGUUCUGAAUCAUGGCAUUUCUCACAGCUGCUGCAUCAAAGGGUUUUGUUCUUGGGAUCUGCUAGUUCAAGUGAUGGAUCAGCAUACGUGUUCACUAUGUUGAACUAUUUCUGGAUUGAGGACUGUGAAUGCAUCUAAUGAUGCUUUUUCUUUGUGCUUUCUGAGUUAUUCUUUCUGGUAUGAGUCUCUGAGAUAUGGUGUUGCAGAAGAGGUUAGACUACGGAUUUAAUGGCUACCAGGUGCCUGCCAUGCCCCGAGCUUCAAGAUCAGCAAGGGGAAAGCGUUCGUUUGGAAAGAAAGUUGAGGACAAUCGGAUGUGUGCAUUUGACUUACUGGCUACCGUAGCCGGCAAUUUGUUACUAGAAAAAGAGAGUUCUCCGGUUGCUUGCCACGUGACUUCUCAGUUUGCUGGAGGGGAGGAUAAUAUCAAACAGGAACAACACAACGAAGGGAAACCAUUUAAACAAGGCCCAUGUGAUCAUCCUUGCAAUCAGGGAAGCUGUGAUGAGAGUGGAUUUUACCCAAAAGUAACCUUGCGAAGGCAUUCUGAAAACUAUGCUUUAAAGGAACACUCCCAUGUUCAAGAUGAUCUGACCCUGGGACCCACUUCUAUGAUAACAAAGUCUGAGAGAUCAGAGAAACUCUCUUGUGCUGAGGAGUCACCGAUUGGCAAUAGCAGCAAUGGAUUUGAAAACUUUCCGGGCACUGUCCAUGGAAAAUGUCAUGCUGAGAGAGGCUCCCUUAACUGCGCGGAAUCUCAUGAUCACAAAGUGGGGGAUGAAAUCGAGAGAAAUUUGGAAGCCGAGCAUCAAAGGAUUGGAAAUGUGAAAAAUGGAAUUGUGCUAGAUGUGUGCAGUACGGAGGAUCCAAUGGAAAUGGAUACUAAACCUCCUGCAUUAGUUAGUUCAGACAGUAGCAUUGAGGUGCCUUUGUGUGGGAACCACAUUCUCAGUGGGUCACUCCCUAGGCAUCAAGAUAACUUGAAAGUAGUUAAUAGAGAUGAUGACGAAAACUCUUCUGGGUGCACUCAACCCAGCCCCAUAUCCUUAAAGGCCUUCAGGCCACCUCGCCUUGGAGACAGGAGGAUAAGGAAGCUGCUGGCAUCCAAAUACUGGAAAGUUGCUCCGACAUUGUUCAAGGAUGAGGAACUUUCUAAUUCUGAUUCAGAAACGAACACUGUUUUCCGUAGUAGGAAAAUAUGUUACACACGCCAAAGGACCCAGAGGUGUUCUCCAUUCAAAAAGAGGAAGUUGGUUGAGCAAAGCUCAGUAUCGACUUCAGAUGGGGGGAUUAGUAGUGAAGGCGUUUCUAAUUCACCUGCAAAGGCUAUUAAAGGAGAAGCCAAUGGUUCAACUGCUAGUUUGCAUGGAGCAAGUGGGGCAUCUUCACCAGUGCCAGCUCAAAAACCAUCCUUUGGACCUGAGGAUUCACAUGAAGCUCUGUCUUUCCUCUGCACAGUGAAGCUCAGCAUCAAGUCCUUCAGGGUACCAGAGCUCUUCAUUGAGAUUCCUGAAACUGCAACUGUUGGGUCACUGAAGAGGACAGUUAUGGAGGCUGUGACUGCUAUACUUGGUGGCGGACUACGAGUCGGUGUUCUUCUUCAGGGGAAGAAGGUUAGAGAUGACAGCAAGACUUUGCUUCAGACUGGAAUUUCUCAUGAUGAUAAGCUGGAUGGUUUGGGUUUUACACUGGAGCCAAAUACUUCGCAUGCCCCACCGCCUCUAUGCUGUGAAGAUCCUCACCUUCUACUUCCUUGUGAUGCUACUCAACCACUAACCAGGUCUCCAGCAGUUCCUGCUCUGGAUCAAGGUGUGCCUGAUGUCCCUUCAAAGCCUCAGCUAACGAAUUUGGGUAACUGCAUCGAAAGCGACCACGAUUCGGUUCCCUCUCCUGCUGACAUGUCAUUGGAGAAAACAAUGCCUGAUUCCAGAGCUUUGGUUGCCAUUCCCUCCAUGAGCGUGGAGGCACUGGCCGUAGUCCCCCUGCACCGGAAAUCAAGGCGUUCUGAGCUUGUUCAGCGCCGGAUUAGGAGACCAUUUUCUGUCACUGAAGUUGAAGCACUUGUGCAGGCUGUUGAGAAACUUGGAACUGGAAGGUGGCGUGAUGUUAAGCUUCGUGCUUUUGAAAAUGCAAAGCAUCGAACGUAUGUCGACUUGAAGGAUAAAUGGAAGACGCUGGUGCACACGGCAAGGAUAUCACCACAGCAAAGGAGGGGAGAGCCGGUCCCACAGGAGCUGUUGGACAGGGUCCUGUCGGCCCAUGCCUACUGGGCCCAGCAUCAAGCCAAGCAGCAGCUCAAACAACAACAACUACAACAACAGGCAGACUCUUCUUGCCUCCUCUGAUUCAAAAAGGAGAGAGGAAGAGAACCUGUGGUGACUGAUGACUGUUGAAAUUGUAAAAAAGGAGAGAAAAAAAAAAAGAACGAAAAAAAAGGUAGAAAAUUCUAUGUAAUAUUUCACCAUGAUUCUUAAGCCGGAUUUCCCUCUCUCCGUCAAUUGCAAAGGAGAGGCACGGCUCUUGUAAAUGACCCAAUCGAAUAAGAUCAUGUGGAUGUAAUUCGUGUGGUGGUUCUCAUCAUCGAUCCCAUUCUUUUUAA